AUGAACGCACGCGACCUGCUCAGCGGUGCGUGCGGCGGCGGCCUGGCCGUCUUGAUCUCGCAGCCCAUCGAUGUCGUGCGAGUGCAGCUCCAGACAAUGCCGGGGAGCAGUAGUGCCGUCGCCACGGCACGCACGCUCGUGCAGCAGCGCGGCAUCCUCUCUCUGUGGCGCGGCACAACGCCGCCUCUGCUCGGAGCCGGCCUCCUCAUGAGUGUGUUUCGCACCACGCAGCAAUCGACAAGCCGCGUAUUUGGAGAGGACGGUAGCUUUGUCAAGUUUGCAGCGGCCGGCGCGAUCGGCGGCUUGGCUCAGGCGCCCCUCGCGGUGCCCGUCGAACACCUCAAGGUGAGGCUGCAGGUGUGCCAAGCCCAGUGGUGCAGCUGCGGCAUCGUUCCCCUCGCGAGGCACAUUGUGAGCGUGGCUGGCGUCGGUGCUCUCUGGAGAGGGUGGGCGCCGACAGUGAUGCGAGACGUGAUUGGAUUCGGCCUGUUCUUUGGCUGCACCGACUACGUGCUCGCUCGCACCUCCCCCACCGGCCGGCGCGGCGACGCCAGCUUUGUCGCGAGCUUCGCCGCCGGCUGCGGUCUGGGUUGGACCUUCUGGGUGGCGUCCUUCCCGCUCGACGUCAUCAAGGCGCGGCUGCAGGGCGACUCGCUGCUCAAGCCAGCCUACACGGGCGUGCUCGACUGCCUGCGGCAGACUGUGCGCGCGGGCGGCGUGGGGACGCUGUUCAACGGCUUUGCGCUGACCGCCAUCGGGUUUGCGACGCCAAAGAAUGGGGCCAAGCUGCUCGGCUUCGACCUGGUGUCGCGCUGCCUCCCGUCCCAGCGUCACAUGUCACAUGAGUUUUCUCCGUUUCUCUUCUUCUGCGGCGCUCUUUCUCGCGUGGCAGCCGCGGGGGCGGUGAAGGGGUCCCAUGCAGUCGCUGGAUGGGGCCACACUGUCAUAUGUCCCGCCUCUCGGGGUACGGCGCCCUCGGUGUAA